GAAUACAUUUACCAUUAAUCCACAGACCAGUCUCUCCCUGUGUUGUUCCUGAUGUUCAGGCUUCACCGUAUGCUGUCAUGUCUGCGCCAGCCUCUGGUGCAAAGAUUUGGGACAAAUGGCGACAAAUCGCAUGGAGAGAGCCUCCGUCACGGUAUGGGCAGUAGCAAGGUUUGGGAUAACAUUUACUCAAGUAAAAACACCAAGGAUUCUUCACAUUUUGACUGGUUCUGCAGCUAUAAAGAUUUACAAGAUCUUCUGCUUCCGCUUCUACAUGAUAUGGCCCCAACCAUGAACCAUUCUGGCCAACCCUUGCAUGUGCUGGAUCUAGGAUGUGGCACCUCAGAUGUUGGACUUGGCCUGCUCUGCAACUCUCCCAUUCCUCUACUGAUAUCCUGCGUAGACCGGUCCAAACCUGCUGUACUUGCUAUGAGGGAGCAUUUUAUGCACAGUCCUGUUAUGCCGAAGCAUAAGUAUUCACAUCUUGAAUAUGUUGAAGGUGACGUGACAGAUCUGCAUCAUGUUCACUCCAGUAGUGUAUCACUUGUAUUAGAUAAAGGAACCUCUGAUGCUCUUCUGCGCUCAGGAACAGAACCGGCACAAAGACUGGUGAGGGAAGCUCUUCGAGUUCUGCAGGUGGGAGGUAAAUUGGUUCAGCUCACAGAUGAAGAUCCGGAUGCUAGACUUGGCUUUUUUGAGAAAGUUGGAGCAGGACCGGCUGUGACAUUUCAUGACCUUGGAGAGAAGCAUGGUUUGACAUACUAUGCGUACAUUGUGACACGAUCUUCAUAAGAUAAGCCACUGCCGUCAUGCAGAAAGAGCUCAUUACGAUCGCUUUGGACAAUGGUUAUAACUUAAUUAUGAACUGUUAAUUAUGUCAACAAAAAUUAAAUUUAAUCACCAUUAUGAAUUGCCAAAAAUAUACAGUAUGCAAUUCACAUUAUCUGGGCCCGACUAUUUACCCUGAUAAGUUCUUUGAUGUCAGUAGUGCUAGGAACUAAUAAAAUAAUAAUGCAAGAAUAUGAACACACCAUAAGAUAGAUGAUAGAUCCUGUAUAUAAGCUGAAAUACCCCUUUAAAGGGGUACUCCACCCCUAGACAUCUUAUCCCCUAUCCAAAGGAUAGAGGAUAAGAUGUCAGAUCGCAGGGGUCCCGCCAAUGGCGACCCCCAGGAUCUCGGCUGCAGCCCUCACCUGUUGCGCCUUCCGGAAACGCUGGAGGCUUCGGCUCCCGACCACGGUGACGUGAGAUCGUGACGUCACGACUCGGACCAC